GGCGAUGAUGUGGUUCCUCCUUCUGCUCCUCCACACCUCAGCUCACCUCGGGCCGGUGAGCUUAUCAGAUCCAGAACGAGGCAGGAUCAUCCUGCGAGGUAAAGACAACCCGUGUGAAGGACAUGUGGAGGUUCAUUAUGAGGACAAAAUGGGCUAUGUCGGAGAUAAAAACUGGAACGAAAACACGAGCAAAGUGGUGUGUCAGAGCACUCACUGUGGAAUACCAAAAGGGGAUUUAAAAAAUGUCUACAGACCACUCAAAAGCGAAGUCUUCCUCAACGAGCUGAACUGUAAAGGACACGAGGAAAAUCUGUGGGGAUGUGACUCGCCUGGUCUUGCUGUCAGCUUUUACAAAAAGCCCACCGUAAAAAAGAUCACCUGUUCAAGAGACAAAGAAGCCAGUGAUUUGUGUAAAAUCCUUAAAUGUAACGAGCCAAGACCAAUUUUAAACUCCAAAUGGAAGCAUUGGGAAGGCAAGGACCUGGAAAAAAUGAAAGAAAUAAACUGUUCAGGCAUUAAUAAAGUGACUCAUCCAUGGCAGUGUGUGAAAUCGCCAUCUGAAUCAUGCGGAUUGCCUGUUAUGAUCAGCUGUAAAGAUCACGAUAGAGUGCAGCUGAGAGGAAACAAGUCCAAUGUUUGUUCUGGGAAACUGGAGAGGGAAAAAGAUGAAACAUGGGAAUCCUUUAAAAAAAAGCCGAAAUUGAGUCCUGAUAAGUUGUGUCGGCAAAUGGACUGCGGCGCCUCUGGCAGCCUAACACAGGAUAACCAAAAUCUGACAUGCUCAGACCAGGUCAGUGUGGUUCUGACAGAUGACGGACACCGUGAAACCAAGUGCUAUGGCCGAGUCGGAAUAAAAGUGAAUGGUACAAUCCACAGUGUUUGUGGUGGUGAUUGGACUCCUAAUAAUUAUGAAAUGGUCUGCAAAGAACUGGACUGUGGAACGGUCGUCAGUACUCGUAUGGUACCAGAUAAAAGUAAACUAGGGAUACUGGACCAUGUAGAUUGCACAGGCAAAGAGUCCUCACUGUGGCACUGUAGAGCUAAGCAUCAUAAGGCACAAUGCUCAGAUGUUCCUUUUGUUCUUUGUUCAGGGAGCGUGAAUGUGAGACUGGUGGAUGGUCCUGGAGUUUGUGCUGGAAGAUUGGAAGUUCAACACGAGGGCCGGUGGAAAACAGCCGUCAGUGAAAACUGGCAAGAUAAACAUUCAAAAAUGGUCUGCCAACAACUCAAUUGUGGGGAUGCUGAAACUAAUAGCGAUCAAAAAUUUGCCAAGGGGAAUGAGCCAUCCCUGACCUUGACAUGUAAUGGAAAAUCCAGCAUAUCUGACUGCAUAAAAGAUGCAAAGAAACCUCAAGGCUCCAGUAACAAAUACAUCAACAUAACAUGUACAGAACACAAGGUGUUUAUUCUGAAUGGGAAUGAGGCGUGCUCUGGCAGCGUGCAGGUCAAGCAUGGGAAAGAAUUUCACUGGCUUUCUGGGUCCAAUCACACAUGGAGUGAAAGUUUAGCAAAUGAGAUAUGCCAGGAGUUGCACUGUGGGAAUGCCUCCUUGGUUAAAACUACCACAAACCCAACAUCCAAAGUGCCAAAGUCUCUAAACUGCUCUUUUGGCAAAUCUCUGUAUGAAUGUGAUCUUCAAGAUUCUGACGACAAUCAGACUAUUGCUUCUGUGAAAUGUGAAGGAAAAAUUACCAUGAAGCUGAGCAAUGGCUGUUGGGGAACUGUCCAAAUAUGGACCAAAAGCAAGAACGGUCUUGUGAGCGCAGACAUAUGGACAGAAGACAUGUCUAAGAAACUGUGUAAAGAACUGUCGUGUCAGAAUGAGAUCUUACCCAUCCUAUUCAAUGAGCCAAGAGAAACUAAUAUUGAAUUUAAGAGUUUGCAUUCCUUGGGGCGUGACAUGAACCUGAGCCAGUACAGUUUAGUUGAAACAAAUGGCAUGUUUCCACAAAAGCCAGCCUUCGUUGUUUGUAAAGGCAGCAUCAAGGCAAGAUUUGAGCCUUCUCGUGACAAAUGUUCUGGAAAUGUCCAGGUGCUUUACGAAGACAAGUGGCUCCCAAUGCACAAAGAUGCUCUUACUGAGGCUAAUCGAAAAAAAAUCUGUGAGGAGCUAAACUGUGGAGACAGUGGCGAGGUAAUUAAGUACUUAGGGCCUCCAAACCCGACUCAUUUGAUUCAAACAUUAAACUGUCAGAGCAAUGACAAUUCAUUAGCAACUUGUCAAGAUAUGAAGACUGAGAAGAUCACUGAAAACCCUGAACUCAGAGGCCUCAAGUGCUCCGGUUGGAGUACGGUGGCACUGGAAGUGGAACACUCCUGUGAAGGAGAAGUGGUUGUUUAUUCAAAGGAUAAAAGAGAUUUUGUCUCCAGUGAAGGCUGGACUGAGGCUGAGGGGAAAACACUUUGUAAGACUCUGAAGUGCGGUAAAUACAAAGAGAAAAAGAAUGUCCCAUUUGAUCUAGCUGAGGAUCAUUCUCUAUGGAACCAAAGCUUUAAUUGCACGUCUGACCCUGAGAGCAUUUGGAUGUGUGGCAACAAACAAACUUCUUCAGUGAAAAACAGCACGGUCUAUGUUAAAUGUGAAGGUGAGCCUAAGGUUGCUCUUACAAAUACUGGAGAGCUGAAAAUAGAUGGCAAGCCAGUGUGUGGAAGUCAGUGGAACAUUGAAUAUUCACACAGAGUGUGCCAGGAACUGAAUUAUGGCAAUGCUUUUUCUUAUGAGUUUAAAAAUGUUUCUUCGCCUGAGAAGCCUUACCACGUCCACUGUGAUGAGCACAAUUACCUCCUUGGUCAGUGUAAAAGAGUGGAAGGAAAGUGCAACAAAGGGUUGGUGCAUAUUUUCUGCGCAGAGAGUGUCUCAUAUAAAUUAUCAGAAAAGUGUGGUGGGAAGGUUACGGUUAAAUAUGGAAAAAACAUUGGAGAAGUGUGCAAAAUCAACAUUGAGCCGAAUUUUACAAAGAUUUGUCAAACGUUCAGCUCAGAGUGUGGUUCAUUUAAAGAGUUGAGACCAGGCUCAAAGAAGAGUAAUUCGGGAAUAAUUCUCAACUGCCCAAUUCAUGUAAAUGACGAGAGGUACUGUGUCAUAAACAAUAACAGUACACAGACCUGUCCAAGUGUUUCAAGUGACAUCAUCUGUGACGGCUAUGUGCUGAGCCCCACUGUGCCUCCACCACCACCAGAACCAGUAGAUCCAAUUCCUAUAAUUGUGGGAGUGCUAUUUUCUCUUAUACUGGUUGUACUGAUUGGGACAUUUGUGCGAUACCUCCUUAAAAUGAGAAAAAGGAAAUCCAUGUUGCCACCGGAUAUGGAGGAAGCCGACUGGGACAGUGGAGAGUAUGAAGAGGUUGACAAAUCAGAUGAGCUUGGAAGCUUCAACCGCGGCCGAUUUAGAUCAGAAUCGGAAGGGGAGAGAGAUGGAGAAAGCAAGAGAUCCUAUAACUACGAUGAUAUUGAUGAGGUGACUGAGGCUCAGCCCCUGACACUUCAGGGCUCCAUGACCCGUGCUGAUGAAGACAAAGACAUGGAUAAAGGAGUCAUUAAACCAAGCGAUGAGGGUGUGACCUACGAAGUGGAAGACUCACAGGAAAAUUACGACGACAUUGAUGCCAGCCCUGAGAAUGCUGAAACCACAGCUGAAGUCCAUGAGGGGCCCAGACCAGCUCCUGAAGGUGAUGCUGAGGCACCUAGAGACCAGGUCCAGAAAGAUGAAGAUUACCUUGUGCCGGGUCAAGAUGGGUGAGCUUGAACUGGCAGGAAAUGUUAACUGAAACUGAAUUCUGGGCAAAAAAAAAAAAAAAAAAAUCCAAAACCUGGCUGAAAUUUAACUUGAAGGAGCUCAGAAAGAAAACUAAUUAUAAUGCAGAAACUAAAUGUAAAAAGCUGAAUCCAUGUUUGGGAAAAAUUAUGCAAAAAUUGAAACUUUUGUGUUUUCAAAUCAUAUUUAGUAUCAUAAUUAUCUAAACUGAAAAAAUGCAUUACUUUAUGUUGGAACUUUAACAAAUGUUUUACUUUUCAGUGAAACCAUAACGACAGACAAAAAGUAUAUAUAGAAGUAAAUAAAAAAAUUAAAGCGGCCUCUUAUUAAAAGUACAUGAGUCCGGUUAUCAUUUGGUCAUCUGUUAAAUAUCGAAACCAACAAUGAAAAAAAGAAGAACUAAAGGUGUAUGUUUUUAUUCGUUCAUUUAUAUGUAUUUUUGAUUGUAUUUUUUGCAGUAAUUAGGUAAAUCUUUAGCAACAAUGUCUGUAACUGGUAUACAUCAUUGUCAAUGUUUUUAAAUCUUUUAUUAUAACAGCUAUUUCUUAUCAUGGGAUUUUUACUCAAGUGAAUAAACUAACUUAAAUGAAUGGUUGGAUUUUUUUCUGAACUUUCCACUAAGAAUAUUUCAGUGGAAUAAAAGAAUCAGUAUUAUUUAUUUCCAGGUUUUGGCCACAUGUUUAGCAUGGGUGGGAAUAAAUGUGGAUAGCCUGUAAAAGAGAAACACCUAGCCUGUUAAAAGAUAAAAAGGCCGACUAACUUGUUCCUCCUCACUGUGGGAGUAUGUGCUUCAUCAAGCUAACUGGUAGGAAAGCUGGUUCCAUAUUUUUUUUUAAAUAAUUGAGUAAUAUCUGUUUUUGGUAUUGAUGGUCUUGGCUAAGAAAGCUUUCCGCAAAUAGCAUUCUGUUUGUCAUACUCAUUUUAAGGAGCAAUAUGACAACUUAGAUUUUUAAGCUGUUUCUUAAAAAGCUUCAAAUUGCAGUUGCAAUAUCCAUGUUGUUUGUUAAAAAUAUUUGAUGCAAACUCUCAUCUAUUUUGAAGUCUUGUUACAUGUUUUCUGAAUUAUUUUAGUGUUCGUAAUUGUAGAUGCUGCUUCUUCAGUAUAUCCUGUUCAUAUAUUUUGGCUUUGUAAUAAACAACCUACUUCACUGAGAAACUGAAAUAAAAGACGUAUUUAGCCCA